AUGCUCACCGUUCAGGAGCGCAAGCCCAAGAGGCCUCACUACAUCCCACGGCCCCCAGGCAAGCCCUACAAGUACCAGUGUUUCCAGUGCCCCUUCACCUGCAACGAGAAGUCUCACCUCUUCAACCACAUGAAGUACAACCUGUGUAAGAACUCCAUAUCACUGGUGUCUCAGAAAGGGGGUCACACAGGGAGGCAGACCAAGACCCCUGGCCCUGCCAAGGACAAACUGUCAUCUUUAACCCUGAAAGAGAACUCAGGCCCACUUCCUUUGAAGCGGGACAUGACCCCUGAGGGUCACAGAGGAGGAGUGGAGAACAGGAGAGAAGAGAAGGAGGAGAAAGAGGAGAGAGAGGAGGAGUGUGGGAGUCCAGUCAGAAAGGACAUUCAGAGUGUGAUCAAAUCAGACACAAGGGAACUCAAAGAGGCCAAGACUUUGCCACGCCCGUCAGCCUUCUCCCAAGUCACACCCAAUCGGGAGAACCCAGAGGGCGGGCUAAUGUCGCCCAACAACCAAUCAGAGGAACCGUCUCUGACUCCGCCCAUGCCAUCAUUCCAUAACCCCACCUUCCCCUGGGGCCCAAUGGCCGCAGCCUCCAUGCCGCUGAAGCCCCUCCCACCGCACAUAAUACCCGAGUACCCUCCCUACCCGUUUCCCGAUCGCCACCCGGCCCUCCACCCCCUCUACCAGCCCUACUUCAUCCCAAGGAUGCAUCACCUUUCUGGGCCAAACUCCCAGACCUACCGGCCUACCUUCCUGGAGACCCCACAAAGAACUGUGAUACCCCUGAACCCGGACCACUCCCACCCUUCUGACAUCCCUCCGUAUCCCUACAGAUACGGUCUCCACCUGCCCUAUGGCCUGUACCACCCCCCAGACCACCACCACCCCAUCCCAGGCUCCAGGUACCUUCCUCUGGAUGUGUACGGCCCAGGACCAGGCCCCGGCCUGGGACCUAGGGACUAUGACUUCUACAUCCACCCUAGGCUCCAUGGUGAACCUCACAGUAGACCCACUGAGGAAGGGAACAGCCAGGGGGAGCAGAGCGGAGACAAGCCCAUCAGACUAAGCCCCAUGGAGGGGUGUUCUGCCUUGGGCUCCCCUGACAGACCCAGCCCUCCACACCCCUUCACCCAGAGAGACACUACUGAGGGUUCCAGAUACACUGUCCUGGGGGAACCACAGCCUGUCAACCAAUCAGGAGGACCAGAGCCAGCCUCUCAACCAAUCAGAGUAGACGUGAACAAAGAGGACGCACCACAGAGCUUGUUGAUGCAAGUGGGGACGAAGCACAUGGAAAGAGGGUAAGCGAUGAUACAACAUGCACAAGCAUUCUCCUCACACACUGGUUCAUGGUUCAUUCAAAUUCAAAGCUCUUUACCAGCCAAAACACCUAAAGCUCUAAAUAGUCAAUUCAAAUGUAUCAUUGGAUGUCUAAUCGUAUAUGUCUAAGCAUAUUACAUGUCUUCCAUCCUCAUUCAGGUCGGCAGCCGACAGCGCAGAGCCCUCCACCUCUGACGAAAGCAACGACUCCUCAUCUGAACGAGAUGAGGAUGAUGAGGUUGAAGAUACUGAGGAAGAUCUGAUCCCCCUGAACCUCUCCAAAAAGGACCAGGAGUCUGACCUCCUCACCAGCAGGAGGAGCUGUCCUGAAACACGGCACACAGAGGAGGACCUGCCAUUAAACCUCAGCCUUAGGGCCACACCAGGCAGUCCAGAUCACUGCUCCAAAAUGGCCGCCUCAAGAGGUUUUCAACGGGGCUCCAGCACAGAUCAUUGCUCCAAACUGGCCGCCUUAAUCGCAGUGGGUCUCAGUCAACAGGGCUCCAGCCCAGCUCCCACCCAAACAGACAAGGAGCCCAGUGACCAACAGAGACAGACUGCAGCCCUGGCUCUCUGCCAGCUGGCUAGCUCCUCCUCCUCCUCCUCCUCCUCCUCCUCCAGCCUCCGCUCUACUGCAGCAGACAGCCUGUCAGUACGUCCAACACCAACAAACUCUGGCAGCCAUAGCUGCCCCUGUCCCCCAACAACCACAGCCCUCGCCAGGGAGGUGAAACACACAACUUCAGGCCUCUCUAAGAAGGUCAAACAGGUACACACAGCCAAGGGCCAGGCUGAACAGUCUAGUGCCAAGGCUAGGGGGGUGAAGAGAGCUGCCAGGGGAGAGAGCCAGCUACCAGCCAGGGAAAACACCAAGCUUACAGCACCUCAGAAACAGAGACCGACUAAGAAGGCCAGGGUGGUGAUGGAGACAGGAGGAGGGAGAGCACUGAGGAGGAGACCUCUCUGCUGCUGA